UAAUUAAAAGGCCAAGAAGAAGAAAGAAAGAAAGGAAUGAAUGUAAUGUAGGCGUAUUAAGCUUUCUUUCCAUAAAUGAUAACUGUCCUCGUUUACUCCCCCAUAGCAUAGCUCUCAAAAUAACAUUCCAUACUAGCCAUAGCAGCCGUUGCUCAACAAUCUCCUCUUCUUUCUUUCUUGCUGUCCAAACAAGAAAGUAGUGAAACUGUAAAGAAUCAAUCGGGGCGAGCGAGCUCUCAAUCAGAUCAGCGAGAAAAGAGCAACAAUCAAGGAAGAAAAACGAGUCACAGAACAGGGACUUUUGCAAAGGUGAGUGAGUGAGUUCCAAUCCUUCCAAGCAAAUGGAGGAGUAGAGAGAACUUUGGAGUGUAUGUAGAGAAUCAAUCUCAGUGUAGAGGGAGCUAUGGCCGGAGAUCACUCUAGAGGUGGGGGCGAUAGAGUAGCAGCAGGGACGAGCAAGCAAUCUAGCGGUAAUACCAACGGCAGCUUUGGAGGAUGGCUCCAGAGAGUGCGAAGAACAGGCGAGUAUAGCGACGUGCUCGUCCGGUUUGGCGACUCGGCCGAGUUUAAUCUCCAUCUUCUUCCACUCAAAAACGCUUCCUCAUUCUUCCGCGAGCUCCACAACCAAGACCAAGAAGAAGAAGAAGAACAAGGAGGAGAAAGCCACCACCAAGUAGAGCGAGGAGAAGGAGAGAUCCUCGAUAGCUCUCGCAAGAGUGCAAGGAAGAAGAUCCAGCGGGAGAGAGAAGUGGUGGAGCUCGACCUUUUAGGCGGCGCCGCCGCCUUCUCCACGGCGGCGGACUUCUGCUACCUCAUCAAGCCGGCCUUCACAUUCUCAAACGUAGCGCGAGUCCGAUCGGUGGCGGCGGAGCUGGGCAUGCCCGACCUGCUCGACUCCGCCAAGCGCUUCCUCUACACCAGCGUCUUCAGCCACUGGCGGUCGUGCGCGGGCUUCCUCCAGCACUACUCGCGAUUCGGCGACUCCCCCGUGGACGACUACAUCGAGUCGCGCUGCCUGAAAGUCCUGGCCUCGGCGCUCACCAAGGCCUUCGCGGACACCAAGCACGUCUCCGUGCCGCUCCCCCGGAAUCUCUCCUCCAAGAGCGCCGGAAGAGGCUUUCUCGAGGGUGGCAGCAAAUGCCCGGCCGCGGCAUCUGGUGGCGCCGCCGCUUCCUCGGGCUCCUCGACACUCGGAUCGUCCGGCUCGCCGUCCACAGCUCCGCCCAAGGCCGCCGCCGCCGCCACCGCCGCCACCACCACCACCACCACUUGGCACUGUUCUUCCUCGCCGUGUAGCUCGCUCACCGAGGUGCUCGUCACCAUGGCGUCGCGGUUGCCCGACCUCUACAUGGCGCCGCUGGUGGCGACGCUGGUGGAGGCGGACGUGAAUCUCAGCCUCAAGUGCCGCCAGGGGAGGAACGUCCGCGCGUGGCUCUCCCACGUCCUGCGCGACGAGUGUGGAUCGCUAUCGCCGCCCUCGUCCUCCUCCUCGGGCCACCGCGCGCGCUGCUGGAUCGUCAUCGCCCUCGCCGAGAUGCUCCUCCGCCGCUCCUCCUCGCUGGAGCUCUCCUCCCAGUACUGGUGUAGCCUCCUAGAGCACGUCGAGGAGCUCCUGGCGCUCGAGCGAGAGAGACCCUUCUGGAAUGCGGGCGUGGGCGAUCGAUCCAAGCACGUGGGCGUCGAGAUCGCGCAACUGGGUUCCCAAAUCUGGCCGCGCCUCCGCGGGAUCCACUCCCAGCUCGAGCAGCGCAUCGGCGCCAGCCUCCACGAGCUGGACGACUACCUCCAUAGCUACCGCUUCUCGGCGCCGACGCUACUCUCCCUCGUCACCCAUUUCGUGGAGAAUCGUUGCGAUGGAGGGAGCAAGGAAUCGCUGGAGCAGCUCGAGGAGGUAGCGGCGGAGGUGGACGGCUGCCUGUGGAUCUUCGCGGAGGAGACCCCGCCCGCGAUCACGCCCAAGCACUUCGUGGAGAUCUUCUCGGCUUUCCCGGCGCAGUCCCGCGCAUCGCACGACUCGCUCUACUCCUCGAUUGACCGGAUGCUCUCCAAGGCCAUGGCGGAUCAUCGCGAGGACGCCGCGGAGGAGAUCCAGGCGCUGUGGCGGCUCGUGGAUUGUGACAAGCUGAGCCCGGCAGUGCACGAUCGAGCGCUCAACAACCCAUCCUUCCUGUGCCAGCCCCACGUCCUGGAGAGGGUGCUGAGGAUCCACAGCGAGGAGCUCGCGGCUGGCAACCAUGGCGGCGAUCGCCAGGACCUCAAGAACAUCAUGCACAAGGUGAUCAAGGCCAGCCUCAAGCUACUCGAGGAGAACUCGCGGCGGUCCAAGGAGAUCCUCCAGCUCCAGAACCAAUACUCGGCCCUCCUCCACCUCGGCAAGAGCAAUCCCGGCACCACCAAGCUCCGCCCGCCAUCCUCUCUCGAUCCAAGGUCCUCCUCUUCCGCUCCGCGAGAGUUUGAUCACGACCAAGAGGAAGUUGACGAAGAUCUCCGGGUCGAGGACGAGGACGAUCUCUCGCGGCUGCCGUUCAAGAAGAAGCACGAUACCGAGGACGAGGAAGACGAGCACGUCGUGGGCCUUGUCCAGGCACCGCAAACACCCAUGGUGGAAGCCAGAAGAUCUUUGCACUGCCUCACAGUAGGAGAGAUCCUUGCUUCCUAGAAGAAAACCAUUCGGAUUGUAAGCUAGAAAAGGAGAAAACCAUUCCUGUUAACCAUUGUAUCA